AUGGCUAUAUUUGUCCGUUCUACCAGCAGUUCAGUAACAUAUAAGUUCCUCAUUCAAGAUGUUGGAGGUGAAGUGACAAUGGAUGAGAUGAAGGCUGUACAAGGACUGGAGAAACCUGAUAACAUGAAAUGGAAUAGUGAUGGUGGAGAGAAUCAAGCCCAAAACCAGACCAUUGACAACACCAAGCUCAUUGAUGCCUGCACAAUUGGAGACCUGCCUCAAGCCAAGUACAUUUUGUCGCAAGAUACUGUGGACAUCAAUACAAGAGUGAAGAAUGGUACACCGGCGAUGAUAGCUGCAGGGAAAGGACACAGAGAGAUACUUGAAUUACUUGUGAAGAAAGGUGCUGAUCUGUCUCUAUUGGAUGAUGAUGACAACAGUAUCUUACAUGUGGCCUGUAAAGAGGGAAACGUGGAGAUAGUGAAGUAUAUCCACUCACAGAACAUCAUUGACAUUGAAAGUAUGGGGGAUUUCGAGAAAACGCCGGUGAUGUUUGCAGCAGAGUCUGGAAAGAUGGAAGUGUUUUCUUUUCUUAAGGAAGUGGAGUCUGACUCGCUGCCUGAGAAGUUGAAGGUGGUGCUGUUGUUUGUGCAUCAGAUUUGUCAUGCUCGAUGGCAGGAGCAGUCGCCAGGGGUCGAUCAGAUUUGA